AACGUAUUAAACAUGAAAAGAUGGCGGAAGAUGGUGAAUGUUGUCCACUACAUGAAUGUGUUUUCAGUGGUGAUGUGCGAAGACUUUCAAGCUUACUGCGAUUAAAUGACGUUUCAAAGAAAGAUAAACAUGGUAACACAGCAUUACAUUUGGCAGUUAUGCUGGGCAGGAAAGAAUGUGUCCAUUUAUUACUUGCACACGGAGCGCCUGUCAAAGUCAAGAAUCUUGCAGGUUGGAGUCCCCUCGCUGAAGCUAUCAGUUAUGGUGACAGACAGACAAUUUCAUCACUUGUGCGCAAACUAAAACAGCAGGCAAGAGAACAAAUGGAGGAAAGGAGACCAAACCUUGUAUCAGCUCUCAAUCAGAUGGGUGAUUUUUACAUGGAACUCAAAUGGGACUUCCAAAGUUGGGUACCACUAGUAUCAAGGAUUCUUCCGUCAGACAUUUGUAGAAUUCACAAACGUGGAUCAUCUAUUCGCCUUGAUACCACACUGGUCGACUUCAAUGAUAUGAGGUGGGAGCGUGGUGAUAUCUCAUUCCUAUUCAAUGGAGAUCGGAAACCUAAUCUUUCCUUAACAGUCCUGGACAACAAGGCUGAGCUUUUUCAGCGUGUACGAUACGAGGAAACAGAGGUAGAAAUAGAGGAUGAAGUGGAUAUCCUAAUGAGCAGUGAUAUCAUGGCAGCACAGAUGUCUACGAAGUCCAUAACUUUCACAAGGGCACAGACAGGAUGGAUAUUCAGGGAGGAUAGAAAGGAAAUGGUUGGGCCAUUCCAUUCAGAAUUUUAUGUCAUCAAUGGUAUGCUCCUUGAGUCAAGGAAACGACGAGAACAUCUAUCAGAAGAGGACCUCCAAAAGAACAAAGCCAUUAUGGAAAGCUUUACCAAAGGCAACACACAAGGUUUCGAUAAUAAUGGAGAGCCUGUAAGGAGGCUGUCAUUGUCACCCCCUCCUGAGAGCAAAGUAUCAUGGGAGGAGUACAUAGGAAGUGAACCAGGAAACCAUCCAACAUUAGGACGAAAUCUAGUGUACAAAGAAACCAGUAAAGCUUUCAAGGCUACUGUUGCUAUGAGUCCUGACUUCCCACUCUCUGUGGAUAUGUUACUGAAUGUGCUGGAAGUGAUUGCUCCUUUCAAACAUUUUAGUAAGCUGAGGGAGUUUGUUCUUAUGAAACUACCUCCAGGCUUUCCAGUCAAGAUAGAUAUUCCUAUUCUACCCACUGUCACAGCUAAAAUCACAUUCCAAGAAUUUGCGUUUCGGAAUGAUAUCAAGGCUGAGCUCUUUGAAAUCCCAGCACAUUAUAUAGAAGAUCCAACAAGGUUUCCUGACUUAUGACGAUUUGAUCAGUUGAUGCUGAUUGAGAUUAAUUAUCGUCGCCCUCUGAUUAGAACAAAUCACCACCACCACAUCUCUCGAAGUCUUCAUCGUCAUCACUUCCACCAUUACCACCACCACAGGUCUACAAACCCAGUAUUGAAACAUCCUACUGGUUGCAGAGUUGGCAGCACUGUUAUUAAACAUAGUCACUAUGGUACAAAUGAUGUCAAUUAUGAAAAUGAUUUUGACAUUAACUGUAGCAGCAGAUUAUCUGUGCAAGAUAAUAUCACAAGUGGCAAUGCUAUCAAUAAACAUAGUGGUGGAGGUUUGGAGUGUGGUUCUGCUUUAUGUUUGAUGAGGUCUGGUGCCCACAGUGAAUCAUUGACUGGAGGUAACAGUCGUGUCUGUUUUCCGAAACUUUGUGCUUCAGGAAACCAGUCAGCAUCUUCUGGAACUGGAGAUGCGAAUAUUUGUCUGUCUGUUUCUCAUCAGGUGGCUGUAGAAUUUCCAUUGACACUAAGCCUAGGAAGCAGCUACUCAAGUCAUUGUGUCUUGUAUCUUGAUAAGAUCACUUCAUCCUAAAUAUAUCUUUUUAUACAUUUCUGCAGUGAUAAGCAUCCUGAGAACUGAAAUAUUUGACAAUGACUAGUUUACUCUCUUGUAACAUGCCAGUAUUUCAAAACAUAGGGUAACACACUUGACCCUUUUCCUCAAAUGUAUUUUGAGUUCACGUUGGUUAUCAGUGAGUUAAAUGUGGCACCGUGCUUCAUGGUGGUAGAUAUUUAAACAUGUAUUGUAUGUGUUCUCUUUGUGUUUCAACCAGAGGAAUUACUUUACAUGGUUAUUUCAACCUAUAUUUGAUUUCUUCCUGCACUAAUUCUCAAGUAUGUUGAGCAGUCUGUGAACUUUUCUUACCUCUUAGGAACAUACAUUAAUUUUUUAAAGUAAGCUUUGUUUCAUAGGUAAUAUGACACAAAUUUAUGUUGGACACUCAUGAAGAUAUUUAAUUUUAGGUGAAUGUUGAGUUCUGUAGUCAACCCACUGAAGGUGGUUUCUUAUGUAAACCAGCAUGCUAGUUGUUUAGAAGGAGUAAUUUGAGGGUUAAAUACCAAUUAGUGCUCAACUUGUGAUAGAAGAGUGCAAUAGGUAGAUGAUACUGUAAAACUAACGUGAACCUAGCCAUUUUCCAAUUAAGAUUUUAAGAUUGAUCCUAGUGCAGAUGUGUCAUUCAAGUGUGGCCCAAUGUAUGAUGUGAGCAGGCACUGCACUGUUGAAUGAGAUGUAUGUGGGGCUUGAUUCACCUGAAAUGAGAAUGCAGGUUAAAUGCUGUUCUUGUUCUUUUAUUUCAAAUUUAAGCAGAUCCAGGUACAGGUUGAGAAGUAGCUUCACAAACCAUUGGAUAUAGAAUGUGUCACAUAUCAGAACAAAUGUUCCAAUUAAUCAUUGGAACAAGUCUAGGUAACAUAAUAUGAAGUAUACGUAACACAGACAUAGAACAUAAAUGGAUAUGAUUACAAAAAAAUGAAGCAAAUGAAAAAUGUAUUAACCAUUUAUACAACAAAAUUCCUCCAGUUUAUAAAAACAAUGCAAAACAAGAUAUCUUCUUAAGGAACUCUUAAAAAUUUUAGGCGUCUGUACAAGCUCUUUUAAUUCAAGUGGUAAUUUAUUAAAAAUUUUAAUACCAGUGUAGUAAACGCCAUUUUGAUAUAAUAUUAGAGAGGAAGUAGGAAAAUAUAAAUUUUCACAUUGUCUUGUCUGUACAUUCUGCCUAUUGUAGUUAGUAAUAAAAAAAUUCCUAUUCUUUAAAACAAAAAGCAGGAUUGAAUAUAUAUAUUGAGAUUUCAAUGGUAAGAUCUCUAACUAUCUAAGAAGAUUCCUACAUGAGGACCUACUUCUAUAUCCUGUCAUUAAGCAAACAACUGUUUUUUGUAACAUAAAAAGUUUUAUGCUGUUGGUUGAUUGACUGUAUUUUGAGUAUUUCUGUUUUGUGUAAUGGCUAAUUUUGUAUUGUGUGUAUGGUUUGAUUCAGUUUCAUUACACAUACAUUUUUCCUCAUUUUGACUGUUUUAGUGGAAUUUUAUAUAUAAAUGUAUAUAGUGUGUAUAGUUCAUAAAUCUUUGCAUAAUGUUGUUUGUUGAACAUCUGCUUCAUUGAUAUAUCAAUAUUUUAUGCAGCUAAACUGCAGAAAGUGUGCAGUACUUGUUUACAUUGAGAACUGAUAACUUAAAUCUUCAUGUUACAUCUUUAGCACUUACAUGGUUCCUAAAUUUUAUUUAAUUUACAUGUACUUCCCAGUAAGUAAAUUGUUCUGAUAAUUGUUGAUGUAAUUAAUUUUAUAAAUUAUUGUGUUAAAAUUUUAUGGUAAAAUUGCAGCUAGGUAUAAAUUAAAAUAUUAUGGGCAGUUAGUUUUUUACAGUUUUGGCUAUUAAUUUACACUUCUAACAGGGUAUUCCUUUUGUGAAGAAUCAAAAUCGCUAUAUAUAAGUAAAUUGUAUGAUGCAUUAUAGUACGUACUAUAUAGGUCCAUGUAUAAAUGUGCAUCUCAGCCAUACCUUUCUUGUACAAAAUAUGUGAUUCUUGGGCUCCUGCCAUUUACACCAUGUAUCCUAUAUUUAAUGAGUAGAGUGUGAUUACACGUUAUUUUUUAUAAAUACAAUGCAUGUGUUUGUUAUAUGUGAAAAAUAAGACCGGAUACACAGUGAAGCAGAAAAGAAAAUCAGUAGAAGGUGUGCAGUAAGCUAUACAUAUUUCCAACAGAGUUGGUAAAGGAUACAUGGCUGGAAGGAUUUUUUGCUGUGUGAUUUGUUUUAUGGCACCAUCAGUAGCACACUGCAUAAUUGGGUAGUAGGCUGAUUAAUGAAUAAUGAAUUGGAAUGGAUUUGGAAGGAAGAAACUGUCGCAUAA